GAACACUGUAUCAGCAAUAACAUAAUCAUUUACAUUCAUGUCAAAUAAAUGUACUGUUAUUCCUGGGUCUUUUUGAGCCUUUUACCCGCGACGUUUUCGAGUGCCCAGGCCCCUCCGGCUAAGAGGAUAGCGUCCUUUGGGAAAGUGUAUUUGCAUAUUCUGUAACGAAUACGUUGUUUUGAUAAGAUAUUCUAGCUAGCGAUUCUUCUCGAUGUGGCCUUCUAGGAAACGGACCUCUAGACAAUAUAUUUGUCUGUAACUUUGGCCUGGAACAGGAAAUGCAAAAGGUUAGCGACUCGAGUCAGCGAGAACAUCUUUUCGCUUCAUGCCAGCUGGGAAAACGAAGAUUUCAGCUGCGAACUUGUGAAUUUUUGUAAAUACGUUAACUUCUUUGACAUCACGUACUGCUACAGCCGAGCUUCUCUGUGAAGGUGACAUUAUUUUAUCAGUGCAGUCAAGAAAUCAGUGAAACAUGUUUGAGUCUCUCGUUGCCUCGAUUCUAAAUGGAAUUCUUGGAAAAUACAUUAAGGAUUUGGACAGCUCGAAUCUCAAUCUUGGGAUUUUAAAAGGAAAUGUUAUUCUUACAGAUCUUGAAUUGAGAGAUGAUGCAUUGGAUGGUUUUCAUCUUCCAGUGGAGGUGACCCAUGGUUAUGUUGGCAAAAUAUCUUUGACAAUUCCAUGGACCGACCUCUAUUCUCAACCAUUUGACAUAGUAGUCCAUGAUGUGUAUUUGAUGGCAGGACCAAUACGAGACAGAACAUAUGACCCAGAGAGAGCAGAAGCAUCUGAAAUUGCAGCAAAACGGAAACGACUUUCUCAAAUUGAACAGAGAAUGGAAAAAACAGACAGCAAUGCAUCUGAAGAAGAGACAAAAGAUGUUGCAGAUGGUUCAGAUUCCUUUGUUGACAAACUUGUUGCACAAGUGGUAAAGAACUUAAAGAUAUCAGUGAAGAACAUUCACUUUCGCUAUGAAGAUAAGAUAACAUCUCCAGAUGCUCCAUUUGCUGUGGGUUUUACUCUUCAGAAUCUCUCUGCAGAGACGACAAAUGAAUUAUGGCAGGAGUGUGUUGUAGAUGCAUCAGUCAAGACCGUUUACAAGAUAGUUAGUCUUGAUUGCCUGUCAGUAUACUGGAACACCAAUCUGACCUCAGCCCAGUUUUUUGGAUCUCAGAGUUCUUGGAAGAAUCUAAUGAGUCACGGUGUUUCAAGCAAAGGAAGCACUCCAUCUGAUUAUGAAUUCGUUUUGAAGCCUUUGUCUGCAGAAUGCCACGUGGUUAUGGACCAGUCAUCAGAUAUAGUGCUUGAUACACCAAAGCUUUUAAUUGAAGUAUUGCAGCAGGAACUGUUGUUGGCGUUCUCCCAGAACCAGUUUCAUAACGUGAUGGAUUUGAUUGAAUCGUUUGAGCUGAUGGCCGUCAAUCAACCGUAUCAGAAAUAUCGACCAACAAUACCAGUGCGAGUGGAGCCAGCUGCAUGGUGGAAAUAUGCAUACACAGCAAUUUGUGAGGAGAAAAUUAGAUGUUGGUCUUGGAGUCGCAUAAAAGAACACAGGCGAAAGUAUAAGCUGUACAAAGAACUUUGGGAGAGAAAGUUGAGGGGUUUGAACGAAGAUGAAGAGUCGACUGUGCUACCCGCAAUAAAGUCACUGGAGGAUAAACUUGAUAUUCCAAGCAUUUUGAUUGCAAGAAGGCAUGCAGAAUUAGAAGUUCCUCGCAGCCAAUUGUUUAAUCCUAGUAAAAGGCGCAAGUCAAAUCCCUGGUGGUUAUGGCUUGGUAUUGGAUCUGGGAGUUCCACUGACUAUGAAGGAAUCAUGAAUAAAGAGAAGCAAGAAGAAAACGUUUGGUCGAAAUUGUCAGUUGCUGCACUUCCCGCCGAGGAAAAAGAGAAGCUGUAUAAAGCUAUUGACUACAAUGAAAGCGUACGAGUCAAAUAUCCCACUGAGUUCAUAAAGUCAAGAAUAACAUUCAACCUUGAUAGGUGUACCUUAGUGCUCUGUGACACGAAGAACAGUGAAAUAGCUCAGCUUGACACAGAAGGAUUUGAGGCAGCUUUAGAGCACAGACCAGCUCAGAGCGCUUUUCGGUUUCAUGCCAAGAUUAACAGAUUCAAGAUGCUUGGUUCUUCAGAAGAGGAUAACGAAAACAAACAGUGUCUAGUUUCAUCCAAAAAUUCUCUUAACAGGCGGGGGACAGCUUUAGUAGAGUGUACUUUAGAAACUAAGCCUCUGGAACGAAAUGCAGAUUAUGCAGUUUCCUUGAAAGUGGAACCGGUUGAGAUGAUCUAUGAUUCGCACACCAUUGAUAAGAUUAUCGCAUUCUUCCACAUGCCAGAAAACACCAAGCUUCAAGAACUUGAGGUGGCAGCGGCGAACAAGCUGCAGGAACUGAGGAUGUGGACCAGAGCAGGGUUAGAGUAUGCAAUUACUCAGCAUGAGGUCACAUAUCUUGACUUGGAUGUGAGGUCACCUUUUGUUGUGAUUCCUGAAUAUGGAACCUUGCAAAGGGAUGGCAGUGUCUUGGCAGUUGACUUGGGACAUCUCAAAGUUGUCAGUAACUUGGCCUCUCGGGACACAAGUGUUCGAAAAGCGUCCGAUCACGAGCUGGAGGAAAUGUUCUAUGACAAGUUCGAGUUGACUUUGGAUGAUGUUCAAGUUAUGAUUUUUGACAAGAGUUUGAAUUGGAAGUCAGUGCAAGGCAUUUCCAGUUCACCUCACCACAUUCUGCCAUCAACGGCCUUAAAUCUGCAGUUACAAAAGAGCAUAACAACUGAUAACCUUGAACUGCCAGAAUUUAAAGUGUCAUCUGUUCUGCCAUCUUUGCACCUGAAAUUAUCAGAUGAAAAAUUCAAGAUGUUGAUGAAGUUCUUAGAUCAUUUACCGUUUGGAGUGCAACAGCCUUCCCUACUUGAAGAAAAGCGAGCCGACGUCCUUUCGAAGAGCGAAUGGAAACAUAGCUCGUCUACUCUUUCUUUAGAGGAGGCAAGCAAUCUCCAAGCCUUAUUCAAUAAUGCAAUGGUUGCACGAUUACACAGCACAGAAGAUGAAGAUGUUUGGUAUGACACGGAAGAGAAUCUUCCGGAGGAAAGUGCUGGAGACCACGCUGUCGGUAGGGAAGCCCGCGAUAUAGACAAGAUCAAAUUAGCAGGGAAUUUUACCAUUAAGAAGCUUCUUAUCACAGUGGACAAGGCAGAUGAACAGUCUACCAGUGGUGAUCCAUAUCUGAGUCUGGAGAUACGAGAUGUUGGAACAGAUUUGGCCGUUCAUUCAUGGGACAUUCGUGCUCGAGUUAAACUUGGAUUUAUUCAGAUACUUGAUAACCACUGGAAAGACAUUGAUGGCUCCAAUCUUUGCCUGCUUACCUCAUUCGCGACAGAUGAUUGGAUUACAAUCAAUUACGUCAAGGCCGAUCCCUCAGGCCCAGAGUUUAAGGAGACGUUCUACUCUAUUGAGCAACUUAUAGAAAUGAGGUUUAGCUCGCUGAAACUGACAGCCAAACAGGAGGCCCUAGCAAGUUUUCAAAUAUUUGUUCUUAGCUUGUUUCAAAGCACUGGCCUUGAACCUGAGUGGGAAAAUGUCCCUCGACGAUUGCUAGAGACUAUUACGGAAGAGGAUCAACUUGACAGCUCCGUUGCCACGAAAGUGACUACGAAGAAUAAAACAGAAGAUAAGAAAUCACAAAGUGAUUCAGACGCGGUCAACUUCAAGGUUGUUGCAGAAGUAGAAAAAGUCACUGUCAUUCUUAGUUCCAUGGAUCGCCAUGUUGGGAAGGUGGAUGUGAAGGGGCUUGAUGUCAAAAUAGAUGUGUUUACUGCCGAGACAAACAUAACAGCCAAAUUGGAAGACUUAGGUAUUGAAGAUCUCACAAAAGGAACGUUGUAUCCUCAAAUCUUAGAUUUGGCGGAUAACACAGUUUUCGACUGCCAGAUAACAAUCUUUAACAAGUCCUCGCAAGGUGCUUUUGCAGACCAGGAUCCGACAGCUCUGGAUUUCUCAGUCAAUGUAAAACUUGGAAAGCUCCGAUUUGUGUUUCUUGGCUAUUUUGUAGCCCAUCUUCAAAAUUUCCUCCAAGCACUUGUCAGUCCAGAAACAGUUGCAUACGCCCAAGAAGUAACUCAGAAAGCUGUUUUGAACAAGGUUCAGCAAAAACAGGGCGCAAAGAUUGGAUUAAACAUUUCCGUGAAUGCACCACAAAUUCUAAUCCCCUGCAAUUCAAGAUCGAGCGAGAAGCUCAUUGCAGACCUGGGUCAGUUGCACAUUGCUAAUUCCAUUGUCAGCUCGUCCCAGCAUGGCCUUAUUGACCGGAUGGAUGUAGCACUAAGCUCAUUCCAAGUUUCAGGCAAUUCUCAAGUAGAGAAAUGUCUUAGUAACCAUCUGAUUGAACCAGUUGAGUUGAAUGUGAUAGUAAAGAGACGACUGAACUUAGAGAAGAGUGACCUUCCUUUGAUUGAAGUCGAGGGAAAUUUGGAGUUGUUUAAGAUAAAUUUAGGACUCAAUGAUUUCCAAAUGCUGAUGAUGAUUUUAAAUGGUAACUUGUUGGAGGGCCAGCAGGAACGUCAAGCUGUUCCUAAAGUGGAUACAGAGCAACCAGAGGGGCAGCAGACAUCACCAGACACAGGUUCUUUGGACAAAACAGAUGCCAAAUCCAUUGAGGAAGUACCAAAUGUUAAAUGUCAUUUUACUAUAACCAAGGUUCUAGUUAGUUCGCCCAAAAUUGUCGAUGGAGUUUCCAGGCCUUAUUUGGUUCUGGAGACAAACAACAUGAGUGCCAUUGUCACCAUGGAAACGUGGAUUCUUAGUGCAUCUGCAAAACUUGGAGGAAUAGAGUUGCUUGAUCAUCUAAAUAAAGGUGAAGAUGGCUCACCGGUAAAAUUAUUAUCUUCUUCACGGGACGCAGAUCUGAUCUCAGUUUCAUACAAAAAGGUAGAUCCCAGAUGUCCAGAAUUCGAGUCGACUUUUUGCACCGUUGAACAGCAAAUAAAAGUAACGUUUUCCAAAUUGAAGAUCGAUUGCCUGCAAAAGGCGUUGAUGGAUUUGCAAAUACAUGGUCUUGCUCUUAUUUCCAGUCUUGGAGAAUCGUCUACAAGUACUCUAGCACCGGACGUACAGAACAAGCCCGAAACAGGUCAGAAAGGACAAAGGACUGUUAGUCUGAAAGUGGAGGCAGCGCUGUCAGAAGUGGAUGUUCUCUUGAGGCAACCCCGCAAGAAUUUGGCUGACAUCAAGGUUCGAGGUAUGUGAACUUAAUUUCUGGAAUACUCUACUUGCUCAAAUGAACUGUUAAACUUAAACAUACCUUCAGGCUUAGAUCAUCCUGUAAAGCUGUAAUUAUCACUUGGUUGACUAACUUUAAUGAAUUACUUCCGGAAGUUUUUAUCUCUCCUUCUGGUGCAUGGAUCACGUUGAUUUCUUUCAUGUUUUUCAACCAUUUCAUGGUAUCAUUUUCCUUAAAUGGCUUUACCAAGUAGCCUCCUUUAAACGUGUAAAUUGUGACAGGUUAAUUGCAAAUAUAAAGGCGUAUAAGUGAAGGAACUACAUGUACUUUGCAGAUCAGAAUUGAUAACGGAAGUAGGGGCUACGUACUACCGUACAUGUAAUUUCAAUCCAGGUAGACAAGCUACGUACAUUGUCACACUUAUUAAGGCUGGUUUCCAUAUGAUCGCAGACGAUCGCGGAUCGCA